GUAACGAUAGUUCAUUUCAAUCGCUUGUUAAUUAAUUCAAUAAUAAAACCAAAAAAAUAUUGUUAAAGAAAAUGUUUUUAAAUUUUAAAUUUUUUUAUAUAUUUUUAUUAAUAUUUACAAUUGGAAAAUCAUUUCCAUUGAAAAAUCAAAAUGAUUUUAUAACGGAAACUACAGCAACAAAUUUGGGUUUAACGCCACCGGAAAUUAUAAAAUUUAUGAAAAGAUUUGGUUAUUUGGAUUCACAACCAUCUUUAGAUUUACCAGAUGUUGAUGCUAUCUAUAAAGAGGAUGCUAUUUCAGAUGCCAUUAAAAAUAUACAAAAAUUUGGAAAUAUUAAUCAAACCGGGAUACUAGAUAACGAAACAUUAAAGUUGAUGACUUCACCACGUUGUGGUGUGCCAGAUAUGUACAAGAGUUCAAAUAAUAACACUCAUUCAGUACGAUAUAAAAGAUAUGUUGUUGGUUCCCAAAGAUGGCAAAAACGAAAUAUUAAAUAUUUUAUUGCAAAUUGGUCACCAAAAAUAGGACAAAAUCAAGUUAUAAGGGAUAUGAAAAGAGUAUUUGACAUAUGGGCAAGUUACAGUAAUUUAAAAUUUAAAAUGGUUAAUGAUAAUUCUGCUGAUAUAAUAAUUGCAUUCGGAUCUCGCUAUCAUGGUGAUAAUUAUCCAUUUGAUGGUCCUGGAAAUAUUUUAGCACAUGCCUUUUAUCCAUAUGAAAUGCAAAGUUAUGGUGGAGAUAUUCAUUUCGAUAAUGAUGAAAAUUGGAAAGAAAAUUCAACGAAUUUAUCUGAAGGUGUUGAUUUCUUUUCAGUUGCUUUACAUGAACUCGGGCAUAGUUUAGGAUUAGCACAUUCACAUGUUUAUUCAUCUAUUAUGUUUCCAUAUUAUAAAGGACCAACACAAGCUACAUUAGAUUAUGAUGAUAUUUUAGCAAUGUAUAAUUUAUAUGUUACUGCAACUUUUAUUGAUGAUAACUGGACAACGGAUACUUCAUCAUUUGAAAUAACAACUCCGAAAAUGAUGACAACAACUGAAAUUCCAACUAGAAUGACAUCAACAUUUCAACCAACUUAUGAAGGGGAUUACGAAACUGUAGAGGAUUAUAAGAACCGUGACGAAAAUAUUUUUACAUCAACUAUUUCACCUACAUUAAUGCAAAAUAUUUCAACUAUUGUACCAAAAAUUCUACCAAAUAUUUGUGAUGGUCAUUUUGAUGCGGUAGGUGUAUUUCGUGGAAAUCCAUAUAUUUUUAAGGGAUCUUAUGUUUGGAGAUUAACCGACAAUUAUAAAAUUGUUCAAGGAUAUCCACUCGAAAUUCAUCAAAUGUUCCCAUUUUUACCUCAGUCUAUUGAUAAAAUUGAUGCAGCUUAUGAAAGGAAUUACGAUAGUGCAAUUAUUUUAUUCACUGGUAACCAAUAUUGGGUUUACAAUGGAUAUCAAUUACAAGAAAAUAGUCCAAGACCUUUGAGCGAUUAUGGAAUUCCUCAAAAUAUUUCUAGUAUUAAUGCUGCAAUGUAUUGGCCUAAAAAUUACAAGACAUAUUUAUUUGGUUCAACAGAAUUUUGGAGAUACGAUGAUAAUUCAAAAAGUCUUGAUGAUGGAUAUCCUAAAAGUAUGAGCAGAUGGAUUGGUAUUCCUGAAAAUAUCGAUGCUGCUGCUACAAUACCAAAUGGAAAAACAUAUUUUUUUAAAGGAAAUAUUUAUUGGUUGUAUAAUAAUGUAUGGAUAAGACCUGAACCUGGUUAUCCGAGACGUGCUUCAAAUGCUUGGCUUGGUUGUCCAUUACCACAAAAGAGACCAUACAGAAAAAAUAAUAAUUAUUCAUACUGAGAAAAUAAUAAGAAAGUGUAGAGUAAAAUUAAAAAUUUUAAAAAAUUACUUGAAAAUAAUUUGUUUUUAAAUUUUGUAAUUAAGUACAUGUAUGUAUGUAUGUAAAUAUAAUACAAAAUAUAU